AUGGUUAUCACAUUCUUCGCAUUGCUGUUCAUCGCUUGUUCUUACGCAUCACCUCUUAGAAUGAUGAGCAUGUAUGGUUCUCCCAUACUUGUUGUGCCGGUUUUUGUUCAAGAACUAGACGAUCCUCAAGCUUUAAUAAACAAGGAAUCGAUGUACGCAUUAAAUGAUGAUUUUAAAGUUGCGAAUAUCGCAACCCCCAAUAUUGAAAAACGCAGUGUAGAAGAAGGAAAUGAUGAUGAUCUUGAGAUUGCAGCUGGUACCAAUGUUCUUCGUCCUCUCUUUGUGUAUCGCCAACAGGUCGCGUAUCGACAACGUGCCAGGGAUGCUGUCCGAGGUAGAGGUAGGCGAAUAUAA